GUUUACAUGAAUGCGACAAGUGGCGCAUCGUAUCGCCUUUCUAGCGCAUCGCAUUCAUGUAAACGGCGCCAAUGCGAUAAGAAAGCGAAUCGCAUUAAUGCGCUAGACGGAGGUGGUUUGAGACGGCAAAUGCGCAUCCGCAAAACGCAUGUAAACGGGAGCGCAUCGCAUCGAGGAUUAUGGGAUAGCAUUCGCUGCGGGACUGCCGCGCCGCUGCAACUGCGGGCCUCUGCUGCCUCGACCUCCUCACACUUGCUAACAUGGCGGCGGUGAAUGCGAACGAGACAGCGGCUCGUGUGGUUUUUUCACAUGAGCAAACGCGAACGUUUCUCGCUAUCAUUAGCGAGAUGAAUAUAGGGGAGCUUCUGGACCUUAGAAGGCAACGGAAUCAAGUAUACUUCCAGAAAAUUCAGGCUGAAAUGGCCAAUUUGGGUUUUCACUGGACGUGGCAGCAGCUCCGAACACACUGGAAGAACUUGAAGGGGCGAUAUAACAAGGAAAGAGUGGAGCAAAACCGCAGUGGCGCGGCACCGUCGAGCUGGCUGUGGUACGCCGAGAUGAGUGCGAUUCUGUCUCACCGCCCGAUGACAGAAGCUCAGGCAUACGGCAUUGACAGCCAGGUGGACACCGAAGUUGACGACAGUCGGACAGAUUUAAGCGAGGACGAGGAGCUACAGGCGAAUGAAAGUACCCCGGGAUCCUCAAGCGGAAGCAACACUCCUGUGCCACGGGCAAAGAGGCCACGACGGACGAGGAAUGCGGAGCUCGCUGAGAUCUUAGCAGAACAGCAAAACAGAACUGCAGAGACGCUAAAGAAACAUACAGAGUUGAUAUUUGAACAGCAGAGGCAGCUUUUAGAGGAUGAGCAAAAAAAGUUCGGCGAAAUAAUCAGCACUAUAAGCACAUCGUUUUUGCAGGGCACACAAGCAAUGCUGGCGCAGCUGCUGAGCCAACCAGUGCAAGCUUACCCUCAGCCUCUGCAGAUAUACAGCCAGGCUCUACAGCCAGACAGCCAGCAGAGCAGGCUGUUUCAGUUUACGCAGCCAAUAUUCACCACUGCAGAACCUGUUACCCAGAGUACAGUGCCACCAAAUAGAGUGACAGGCACUUCAAGCAACAUCAAGGAAUGACAAGACUUAAUUGGGCAAAAUAAAGUCAUUUUAUUUCACUGAAUAUGACAA